AUGAGUAAUUGUAAAACUCUUCUGGAUCUGCCGCUCGAAGUUCUGGACCUCAUUUUCAAACAACUUUCUCAGUCACAUAAACUGAGGUUGGCCUAUUCGCACCCGAUUUUGGCGGAUGCAUUCGUUUACCACGUCGGAGAUCUUUUCAAAAGAGUGGACCUGGAUGUGGUACCACCCCAAGAUUGCUUACUAAUUUUGCGUCUGUGCGGACCGAGUAUUCUAGAAAUUGAUACUUGGUGCUAUUUUUAUACCAAUAUUCCAAUUUUUGAAUUAAUACAACGAUAUUGCACCAACCUGCAAUUCUUUAAGUCACGUGUUGAUCGGAAUAAUGUAACUGCAAUUGCUUCGCUGGUGCAAAAAUCAGAGAGCUUGAAAUCCAUUCACCUAUCAUUUCUGGAUCAUAAAUUAGCUGAUAUACCUGAUAUAGAGUAUAUAAUGAAUGUUUUGGUUCAAUUGCGACCUUUGAGAAAAUUAAAAUUGGAGGUGGUACCCGACACAAAAUUUCAUCUCAUUAAACAGUAUGUCAACCUGGAAGAAUUGGAUAUUUCCGGGAGUUGUUACCGAUUUGUAAAUACAAAUAUUUUUGAAAUGUGUGCGCCAUUAAUAAAACUACGUUCUCUCCGAGUAUCCAGCUGCAACGUCACUAAACCAUUUCGGGAUGAUGGUGUGUCAUUUCCGCUUUUGGAAAAUCUUAGAGUCGAUAAUUGCAACAUAAGUCAAGAGUUUCCCUUCUUUCCAAGGCUAAAGAGUGUUAAGAUAGAAAACUGGAACGAUUGGCGUUACCAGAAUCUUGAAGCUUGGUUACGAAAGCUUGGAAACACAUUGCAAGAAGUAGUAUUGCAGGUCAAUUUCUUUUGCGAACCCAUAAUGCUUUCAUUGCUAAGAAGCUGCAGGAAGUUGAGAUAUCUUUAUGUGCAACCUAAAGUCUUUUGCACUAUUUCAAAAACAGGCAUGUCCUUGUUUGUUGACAUUUUAAAGGAGAGAGGCUUCACUCCGGACAACCCAUUUAAACUGACAAUAAUAGGAUAUAAACGCUUUUGGGACGACGACCAAGAUUUACUUGAAUCGGCAAAAGUGUUCGAGGAAGAGCCAACCUCAGAGCUGUUACGAUGUACUAGUUACUUGACUGAUGCCCACUUAUUCAAAUGAGACAAAUUAUUAGAGACGAUGG